AUGUCGAUGAUAACAGCUACCGGAUGGGUACGACGAGGGGUGGCCGCUCAGUUCCCCGAGCGCUACGAGAUUGACGAAGCAGAGAUCUCCCGAAUUUCGAAACUAGCUAAGGUCCAGCUUGAAAGUGCGCGGACAGACCUAGAAGCUGCCAGAGAUGCAAAUGGCAAUGAUAACGAAGAUGAGGACGAGGACGAUGUUAUGGAAACUAUCGAUAAUGUAGAGGUAGAGAAAAGGGAGGAAGAGAAGAAGGAGAAGAGCAAGACGGAUGAUGAUGACGAUUUGGCCGAGUAUGACCUGGAGCACUACGAUAGCGAUCCACGAGACGAAGAGGGUGAGGAAGUGACCAUGUUUGGCAAUGUUCAGUCUCUGGCGUACCAUAAACCACACGAGAAGGACCCUUACCUUGUGUUGCCCAACAGAGCAGACGGGACUGGGGAUGAGUCCGAUGAAGACAGGGAAGACCUCCAGAUCCUACCGUCUGAUAACCUGUUGUUGGCUGGUAAAGUGGAAGACGAAGUGGCUCAUCUGGAGGUGUACGUUUACGAAGAUGAAGCUGAUAACCUAUACGUCCACCAUGAUGUGAUGUUGCCUGCCAUACCUCUUUGUGUUGAGUGGUUAGAUAUACCCGUUGGCACCAACGCAAGGGAAUCAGGUAGAUCGCAUGGAAAUUUUGUAGCUGUUGGAACAAUGGAACCCGACAUUGAGAUCUGGGACUUGGAUGUGGUGGACUGCAUGUACCCCAGCGCGAUACUAGGCAAGGCACCAGACGAAGGCGAGGCAGAAAAGAAGAAAAAGAAGAAAAGGAAAAGCGUGAAGAAGAAUGACGAGUAUCACGUUGAUGCUGUUCUGGGGCUGGCUGCAAACCGUCAGCAUCGGAACCUACUUGCCUCUGCAUCGGCAGACUGUACUGUUAAACUAUGGGAUCUGAACGACGCAAACACCACUCGCUGCGCCAAGUCAUAUACACACCACACAGACAAAGUCUGCUCUAUCGACUGGCACUCGAAGGAGUCAACAGUCCUGCUAAGCGGCUCGUACGACCGCAGUGUGAUAGCAUGCGACAUGCGUUCGGCAGAGGGCCAAGUCGGCCGCUGGGCUGUCCCCAAUGAUGUCGAGUGCGUCCGAUGGGACCCUCACGAUUCCAACAUCUUCUACAUCACGACUGAUGGCGGCCAGGUAGUCUGCCACGACCUACGAACACCAGACGUUGCGCUAUGGACUCUGCAGGCUCACGAUAGUUCGGUGUCAUCCUUUGACGUCAACGCCUUUAUACCUGGCUUCCUCGUGACAGGGUCAACAGACAAGACGGUCAAGAUAUGGAACAUCUUGGAUAACAAGCCUAGCAUGGUUGUUAGCCGUAAAGUAGAGGAAGUCGGUAAGGUGUUUUCUACAGGCUUUGGACCUGAUAGGGGUGUCGCUUUCCGCCUUGCUCUUGCGGGUAGUAAAGGGGUGGUGAAAGUAUGGGAUACAUCCACCAACGGGGCUGUCAGACGAGCGUUUGCUACCAAGGUGGCGAGUGCGGAGGAGAUGGGGGUGCGGGAGGGAGCGGCCGAAGGGGAAGGACAGGGGAUGGUCGGUGUUGCUGAUGAUGAAGAUGAAGAUGACGAUGAUGAUGAGAUGGAGUAA